UGCGUAUACGAGGAGCGAGCUGACGACUGGCGUGGUGCCUCCGCCCCCCUUUCUUGUUGCACGGCAACAACAAACACUUGCUCCUGCAGACCAGAUCCCCGGAGGAGUGGGUGCUGGGCGGAGUCAGAGCAGUUCUUGAAGUUCAAGGAGGCGGGGGAGACCUGAGCUCACGCUUGCUGAGACAGAAGUCACAGCAGGAUUAUGCCCCUCAGGGCAAGAGGAAGAGUUCAGAAACUGCCGCUGUAACCCAAGAACAAAGUUGCAUGCAGAGCCAACCUAAGAGCUUCAAAAUCGGGAUUCCUUACUGAGAAAGGCAGGGGCCUUAGCAAUCCAAGAAGCUUAAAAUGUCAGCUGAAUCUUCCCCUUCAGUGACCUUAUACUGUGGUGGCAGGUGAAACCAGUAGAUGUAUAACAUAAACCAGUCAACAGAUACCAAGGAAGCAGCAGCCAUCAAGGCUAGAAGAAAUCGAGAAAAAGAGCGACAAAACCGAUUCUUCAAUGUGUGGAACCUAGUCAUGGGGGUAGAUGUCCAGGCCCUGAACAACCAGGUGGGAGACCAAAAGCAUCGGGAAGCAGCAGAAAGAAGCAAGGAGGCAGCUUAUGGUACCAGCCAGGUGCAGUAUGAUGUGGUAGUCCAGAUGUUAGAGAAGGAAGAGGCAGAUCGAACACGUCGGCUGGCCGAGAAAGUCCAGGAGUUUCGGGAGCAGAAGCAGCAGCGCAAGAACGGGCGUGAAUUUAGUCUUUGGGAUCCAAGCCAAGUCUGGAAGGGGCUUCCAACCUAUCUUAGUUACAGUAAUACCUAUCCUGGUCCAGCCAGCCUGCAGUACUUCUCUGGGGAAGACCUAGACAGGGACACACGGCUGAGAAUGCAGCAGGGGCAGUUCAGGUGCAACUUGGAAAGGCAGCAGCAGGAGCAACAGCAAGCCAAGGUUGAUGAGAAUUGUGCAGAUGCGCUCAGUAACCAGCUGCGCCUCGCCAUGGACGCGCAGGCCACCCAUCUGGCCAGGCUGGAGGAGUCCUGUCGCGUGGCCAUGAUGUGUGCCAUGGCCAAUGCCAACAAAGCGCAGGCAGCUGCGCAGGCUGGGCAUCAGCGCUGUGAGCGUCAGUGUGAACAGAAGGCCAACCUUGCAGAGAUCCAGCAUCAGAGCACGAGUGACCUACUGACUGAAAACCCCCAGGUCGCCCAACACCGUAUGGCUCCCUACUGGGUCCUGCCCUAUUGCUGGAAGGGCAUGACUCCACAGCAGCAAGCUGCCAUCAGGAAAGAGCAGGAAGUACAAUGCUCUAAGAAGCAAGCAUACCGUCAGGCUGAGAAAACAUUGGAUACUGAAUGGAAAAGCCAGACCAUGAGCUCAGCCCAGGCAGUGCUGGAGCUAGAAGAGCAGGAGAGGGAAUUGUGUGCUAUAUUUCAAAGGGGUCUAGGCUCUUUCAACCAGCAGCUGGCUAAUGAGCAAAAAGCCCAGCAGGAUUACCUGAAUUCAGUAAUCUACACCAAUCAACCUACAGCCCAGUAUCACCGGCAGUUUAACACCAGCAGCCACUAAGUUCAGGAUGUUUAUCUCUCCCUUCUCCUCCAUCAAGCUCACAGGUGGUUAGGAGUCAAAGAGAAAAAUGCUGCAUACUCCCACCUUCUAACCUAGGUAAUAAAGUUCUGCACUCAAAA